GCCCAGGGCUGGGGAUUUAGCUCAGUGGUAGAGCCCUUACCUAGGAAGCGCAAGGCUCUGGGUUCGGUCCCCAGCUCCGAAAAAAAAGAACCAAAAAAAAAAAAAAAAAAAAAAGAAUUGACAAGCCCCCUUCCUAUAAAGGCUCCAGGCCACGGUGUCUCCAAAGAUGGGGCCCUUUGCUUAGCCUAGAAUGGAAUUGAGUCUCAGCUCUAAGGCCACACUGUUGUCCUUGAUUCCCACUCAGGACCACUUCACUCAGGACCCAGUCAUGAUCCUGGGGUUCCUGCCAGUCAGGGAGGUGAGCAAGCGAGGGCUUUUCCCCCAUUGCUAAGAUGAGAAAACCACGGUCCAGAGGCUAGGAAUUACUAGACUUUAGUAGGCAGUGCUAAGGCUGCAGCCCACAGCUCUGGAUCCCAUCUCAAGCCCUUUCCUAGGCCAGGGCUAUCUAAAGGAACAUCCUGUGAUAACGAGAAUGCUUUAAAUCCAUACUUUCCUACAUGGCAGCCACUAGCCACAUGGGUACUUACCACCCAGCUAAUUCAAAGGUAGAAAAAUUGAAUAGCAAUUCAUCCAAAUGUAAGGAGCCACAAAUAGCUAGUGACUGCCAUAUUUAUCAAGCUGUAUGGCUCGUAUUGGACAGAAUGACUCUCUCUAGCAUUGUUUCCCCUAUUCUUUUCAGUCAUCCUUCUUGGUAGGGUAUCGCUCUAGCCCAGACUGGCCUAGCACCCACAGAGUCUUAAACAUAAGGCACUCCUGCCUCAGCCUCCCAAGUACUGAGAUAGAAGCAGGAGCCAGCAUAUCCAGCUACGAUUUUUCAACAUUUCUUUAUUAGCCACAAAUGUUUCUCUCCCACAGAAAAUCUAGUCUGAAAAUUUUGUCAUAAAAAGCUAAUGUUUUAAAGGGUUUUUCUGUUUGUUUGUUUUCGUUUUUGUUUUUGUUUUUCAAGACAGGGUUUUUCUAGUACCACCCUGCCUGCCCUGGAACUAGCUCUGUAGACCAGGCUGGCCUCGAACUCAGAGAUCCAUCUGCCUCUGCCUCCUGAGUGCUGGAAUUAAAAGCAUGUGCCACCACGCCCAGCUUCUAAUAUAUUUUAAUACACAUUUUUCUUAUGGGGGAAAGUUUUUUUAAAAAAAAAGGAGCAAAAGCAAAAACAAAACAGAAAACAUCAAGUCCAAAGAACAGGUAAGGUUUGGAACUUGAUGUUUGCUUGGGCAUUCCACUUUAGGUCCGUGCUGUAGUUUCUCCAGACUCCAUUCACCCUCCUGCUUAGCUGCAAAAGCUGGGGUUAAUUUUUUUUUUUCCUUAGCUGCAUAAGUGCAGUUGCAGGCUGCUCAGCAGCUAAACACAGUGGAGCCUCUCCUCCAAGGUUGCCUAGCAACCAUGUGGCCCAGCCCCCGAUGGACAUGCUGAUGGUCUCCAAGUGACAGUGUAUGAUCUAUAACACCCUUUAGUGUGCGUGCAUCUUUGUCGUUGUAUUUUAAAUUUCCCUUUAAGCUCUAAGAGUCACCUAAGAGUCACUGGACCUAGCCUCAUCUGGCGGAGCAGUCUGGAAAAACACUGUUCUAUGGCUAUUGUUUUUUGCAUUUGAAAUCGUGUGUGUGUGCAUAUGCAUGUGUGCUGUGUGCUUGUGUGUGUGUGUGUGUGUGUGUGUGACACAUUUGGGUGGCAAUGCCAGUGCCCAUAUGGACAUCAGAGGAAGUCUGUUGCUCUAUACCUUAUUCCAUUGAGACCAGAUCCCUCUCCCUCUCCCUCUCCCUCUCCCUCUCCCUCUCCCUCUCCCUCUCCCUCUCCCUCUCCCUCUCCCUCUCCCUCUCUCUCUCUCUCUCUCUCUCUCUCUCUCUCUCUCUCUCUCUCUCUUUGUGUAGCCAGGCAGCUUAGAGCCCAUCCGGUCUAGCCCUUUACCUCUGGGACUGUGGAAUAGCCCCAUCUUGAAACCCAGCUCUUUUCCCUUCUCAGACAAGAUGCCUCGACUGUGUGUGUGCAUGCUAGUCUUAGUGCUGGCUCUAGCUACCUUCUCGGAAGCUUCUUGGAAACCUCGCUCCCAGCUACAGGAUGCAUCCUCUGGACCAAGGACCAAUGGGGCCCUGGAACAGCACCAGCUAGAAAAGCUGGGCCCAGCCUCUCACCAUCGGAGACAGCUGGGGCCCCAAGGUCCGCAACACUUCAUAGCAGAUCUGUCCAAGAAACAGAGGCCACCAAUGGAGGAAGAAGAGGAAGCAUACGGAUGGAUGGACUUUGGUCGCCGUAGCGCUGAGGAAGAAGACCAGUAUAACUAGCAAUGCUCUUCCAGAGCCCAGCCAUCUCCAGCCACCCCCAGCUCAGUCCUUACAAAACAUAUUAAAAAUAAACUAGCUUGCAAUGUA